AUGGGCGAUAACAUACCAAUCAAUGUCUACGAAUCGAUGUUCGCCAAAUCCGAAUCAACCGAUGUAUGCCUGAUUAUUAAGGAAGAUGAGACUCAACCAGCGAAAAAGUCUCGAAAAUUGACAGCUAGCAGUGACGUCACCACGUCGCCAGUUUUGACCAGAAAGAUGUAUGUGAAUCGGGCGACGCUCUCUAGCCGAUCCACCGUCUUUGAAGGCAUGUUCGCCGCGAGUCCAGAUUCCACAGAAUUCACAAUCAACGACGCCAAAUAUGAUGAGCUCGCCGCAGUUUUGAGUGUCACCGAACCGACACCAAUUGAUCCGACUGAAGAAAACGUGGAGGGAAUUCUGAGACUCGCCGACCGAUUCAUGCUGCUAGACGCCACUCGAUACGUGGAAUCAUUCAUCUCGCGUAGUGGAUGGGACGAAAAGAAGAAAAACGAAUUGAGCAAGAAGUUCAACUUGAAGAACUUGACGCAGCGACGAGAUUGA